CUGCACUGCUGGCACAAAAAAGCCCCCCACCUCCUGCCCAUAAUUCCUCACUCUGCUCGAAACAGCGAAGGUAAUCAAAGCAAGCUCCUAAAGGAUGUGAGACCAGCUGGUAUCCCAAAUUUUACUGCGUUCUCAAUUCCUAGCCACAGCUCACACUUCCCUACUCCCCCUUGCCCUGAAAUUCUUGCUCUGUAUUCAAUUUGCUCUGUAUUCAAUUUCCCUGCUCCAAACAGUCCAACUUAUUUUCAAUUACUGAAAUGUGAUUUUAAAAAUCACAUCCAAUUUUUAAAUGUAAGGGCUACUGGAAAAUGUUACAAUGGAAAUCAGUAUUCAUAGGAAGGGUUAAUUUCAACUGUAUGCCUACUGGUAUGAGGCCAAGAAUUAGCCCCACCCUUUCUCGUAAUGAGAUAAGCCAUGCUUUAUAAAGCAUUUGCAUUUAUAGAUUGGCUUCUGCUGCUACUUUACUACGGAACUCAGAGAAAUGACAUUCUGGGUGACAGUCCUAUGUGCCCUCUUAGCAUGCUUACUGGGUGGGCUCUAUCUGGCAGGGGCAUUCCGCAAGCGGAGACCCAAGGAGCCUCCUUUGGAUAAAGGCACAAUCCCAUGGCUAGGACACGGGCUGACAUUCAGAAGCAACACUGCGAACUUCCUGAAAAUGAUGCAAAAGAAAUAUGGUGAUAUUUUCACAGUGCUAAUUGGAGGCCAAUAUUUCACGUUCCUAAUGGACCCCCUCUCUUUUGGAGCUGUUGUGAAGGAAGCAAGAGCCAAACUGGAUUUUAAUGACUAUGCAUCAGAACUCGUUGUUAAAGUGUUUGGGUUUCGUGCUUGUGGAGCAAAUCAUAAGAUACUGGAGGCUUCCAGCACAAGACACCUCAAGGGGAAUGGGCUAGGAGUGAUGACUGAGGCCAUGAUGGAAAGUUUGCGCACAGUGAUGCUUCAUGACCUGGGCACGGCAGAAGGGCAGCGGCAAUGGAAACAAGAUGGCUUGUUCCACUUUAGUUACAAUUUGGUUUUCCGGGCUGGAUACCUAGCUUUGUAUGGAAAUGAACCGAAUACAAUGAAACAAGACAAAGAAGAAGCCAAGAGGUCUGACCUAGCUUUCUCUGAAGAAGUAUAUGAGGAAUUCCGCAAAUAUGACAAGUUAUUUCCACGCUUAGCUUUCUCCAUGCUGACUUAUGGAGAAAAAAGAAAAGUUGAGCGUUUAAAGAGACUCUUCUGGAAUAUCCUCUCUGUGAAGGAAGUAUACCAGAAGGACAACAUCAGCGGGUGGAUAAGUGACCAGAACCGGCAGCUGGCUGAGGCUGGGAUGCCUGAAUACAUGCGGGACCGCUAUAUGUUUUUGCUCCUCUGGGCUGCUCAAGGUAACACUGGCCCAGCUUCCUUCUGGCUUCUUCUGCACCUUAUGAAAAAUCCCAAGGCCAUGGAAGAGGUGAGGAAAGAAGUGGACGGAGUGAUCAGGAAAUCUGGCCAGGAGGUGAAGCCAGGGGGUGAAGCGGUUAAGAUCACCAAAGAGAUGUUAAGUGAGACGCCUGUCAUGGAUAGUGCCCUGGAGGAGACUCUGAGGAUGGCGGCAGCCCCUCUGCUGAUCCGGGUUGUGAAGGAGGACAUGGAACUCAACAUGAAUGGUGGAAGGGUGUACAGUCUGCGCAAGGGAGACAAACUUGGGAUUUUCCCCUAUACGGCAGUACAUAUGGACCCAGACAUUCACCCUCAGCCCCACGUCUUCAAAUAUGACCGGUUCCUCAGCCUAGAUGGCACCAAAAAGGAAUUCUUUAAGAAUGGGGAAAAAGUGAAAUAUUAUACCAUGCCCUGGGGUGCGGGAGUUUCCAUGUGUCCCGGACGUUUCUUUGCUGGCAAUGAGAUGAAACUAUUUGUCUUUCUCUGUCUCGCAUAUUUUGACAUGGAGCUGGUUAAUAAGGAUGAGGAAGUCCCUCCAAUAGAUGAGAGCCGCUAUGGCUUUGGGGUAAUGCAGCCCACGCAUGAUAUCCAGUUAAGGUAUCGGCUGCGCUUUUGAUUGGCAGUGGGAGGAGAAGCCUUUGUCAUAAUCCUGUGCAUGAUCAGUCCUGAACUCAUUUUUGGAGAAACCAAGUACAGAAAGACGCCAAGCAUACAUUCAUGUAUGAAGAGGGAAGCUAAGAGGGGAGGGGAGGUGAAGUCAUGUUAGUGAUGAGCAAAGAUGAGCAAAGAUCCUUGAAUAAUCCACCAUUCUAUUUUCAGUAUGUUAUUUGCCAUUGUUGUGGAGUGAGGUUAAGGUUGGGGGCUUCUGACUAUUUAAAAACCCUCUCUUCCGUGCAGAUGUUCUAUAUCUAAAGCCAGGUUAUUGGCCUGAGAUUAUUCCUAUUGGGCAUCAAAGUCAGGAUUCCAAAGCUCCCAACAGGCAAAGCAGGGAUGGCAUGGGGUUUGCAGAGAAGUGGAGUAUGUGUGUCUGUUUGCUUAAUCCUUCUCUCACCUGCCACUUUUCACAGGCGUUGGUCUCUCUAGCUCAGCAACUCUCCUAAGUCUCCAGGCAGAGGGCUUCGGAGCUUCUCCCUCCUAUAAACAAGCUUUAAAGUACAUGUAACUGAAAUACAGCAAUAGCAUAUUAUCUCCCUGUUUACAUCUGUCUCCGUUCCCCUUCCCUUCCCUUCUUCCCUUCCCUUCCCCUGUUGUUUCCUUGUGUCAAUAUUGAGAUUGUAAGCCCUUCAAGGGAGGGAUUGAGCUCAUUCUUUGCAAAACAUGAGCAGUGCAUGAAUAGUGCUACAUAAAAUAAAGGGAUAUAAAAAUACACUAUUCAUUAAUCGUGCAUGAAUCGUACUAUAUAAAAUAAUAAUGGUAAAUAGGUCUCUAUCCAGGUUACUGGAGAUCAUUCCCAACGGAAAUACAAAAGUCUGAAUGUGCAACCAUUGAUAUGCAAAGUAUGCACUUACCACCACUCACCUGCAAUUUCUCCUCCUAGUCAAGCUUUUUAGAACCAGCUGCGUAGAGAUUUGGGUGGUGCAGCAGCCAAACAUGUGAGCUGGGAAACCAAAUCUUAAGUGUGUUCAAGCCUCAGCUUUGGGAAACCAGAAUCUCUCUCAGCCUCAGUCCUCACUCCUAAUCUGCAAUAUGGGGAUAACCAUACUGAUUUCAGAACUACUGAAAAGAUGACUGAGAUCCUGUCUGUAAAGUCCAUUCCAGAAAUGGCAUUUAAUAUUUUAAAAGAGGAAACUGAAACUUGCACUGAAACUGUAAAGUGGGGUGUAAUCUGGGAUGUAAAGGUGCUUAAGACUGGUGGACUCACGCCCUACUUUUAAUUAAAACAUAACAGAAGUUCAACUACUCCCUGUUGCUAGGACUGUUUAUUCCCAUUUAUACCUGUGAAAUGCCAGAUAUUGCAUAUAUCAAUGUGUGGAAUGCUUUAUUUGGUCCAAAAGGUUCAAGCAAAACCAGGGUCAGAGGGGAUUUCUAACCAUUAAUGGAGAAAAGUCAUACGUUUUGCUAUGUGUGAAGUUGAGACUCAAAUCUCUUGCCUAGUCAUAAAUUCAUUUGGUAUCCUUGGGUGGGUGAUGGUCAUUUGGCCUAAUCACCUUAAUCAUCGGUGUGGUGUUUUUGGUUAAUCCAUUCCUUCAUGCAGGCCAGUUUUUGAAUGAUGCUUUAGUUACUUUUAUUCCAGUCCUGGAGUAGGCUAACCAACAGCCAGCAGCAAGAGCACUGAAGGCAGAAUGCACUUGCCUAUCAGUAAAUAAUAUCUGUCUCAUUAAACCAAAUAUUAAAUCAUGAAUUUUCCUGAUUCAAUUCCAUGGUCUUGUCCUUGCAUAGCACAGUUCUUUCCUCUGGAUUCUACAAGAGGGAUGUUUUGAAGAUAAAGAGGGAGGUGAGAAUCUGGGAACCUGCCAGGGAAUUUUGUGAUAUGCGCACAAAGGAAAUCUAAAGUAAUAACUAUGGUUUUGUUUGCAUAUCUAGUUUCUGUACAACAGAUACACAGUCUUCUUGUAAUUAUCAUUCACUUGAUCAUCUGGCAUAUGCACAAAACCCAUAUAUGAAAGAAAGAUCAAGGACACAGACCUUUGCCCAUGUAAUCCUGCUCACUUAGUAACUUGACAUCAGCACUGGCAUCAAUAUAUUGAACUCUGCUCUCUUUUCAUUAAUGUAUUUACGAGUAGCUGAUAUUGCCUUGUUUCCUCCCCCCCUCUUAUUUUUUGAGUGAAAUAUACCCCUGCUAGCUUGGCAAAGAGGCACCUUUUAAUGCGGUGAUUCUCUUUAUUUAGCAGGGGGAGGGUAGCUGGCCCUCUCCACCCCCAGCACAGUACCUCCAGUGACUGUUGCUGGUGUCUAUCUUGUGUUUCUUUUUAGAUUGUGAGCCUUUUGGGGACAGGGAGCCAUCUAAUUUAUUUAUUAUUUCUCUGUGUAAACCAUUCUGAGCCAUUUUUGGAAGGGCGGUAUAGAAAUCGAAUAAAUAAAUAAUUAAAUAAAUAA